UUGGUUUCUUGUGGUGGUGGGGGGAAGUGGUAGCCAAUGGAAAUUUAAGUCUGCUGCUCAUGAUGUUCUAAAAGAGAAGUUGUAGCAGAAAGCGUUUGUUAAGCUAUUUUUCCUUUACACGACCCUUUAAUGGCUGUUAGUACCCUUACAGUAGUUACUGUUUCUGUGAUAUUUCAUUUUUUCGUAUCAGAAAUUUCACCUCUCGAUGCAAAAAAUGUCCAAGUUAGCUUUGAAUUGAAUGCUUCCAGUAGAGAUCGUAUUGCAUGUGAUGCAGAUGCAAAAUUUGUAUCUGGUACAUUACAACUUACAAAUGGCAGGAAGGCUAAUGAAACCCAGGGAAGUGCAGGGAGAGCCGUAUAUAAGGAAACGAUUCCUCUAUGGGACGCUUCUGCUAAAGCGGUUGCCGACUUUACCACACAUUUUCAAUUCCAAAUUAAUUCGACUGAUUACGGAUCUGCUCUUGGGGAUGGAUUUGCUUUUUUCAUGGCGCCUAGGGAAAUGGGUUAUAAGGUAUCAUUCAGAGGAGAGGGCGGAUAUCUUGGCCUUUUUGACUCCGACAGUGACGGCAGCCCAUCUAGCAAACUUACAGCUGUUGAAUUCGACACAUAUAAAACUUCACCAUGGGAUGCAGACGACAACCACUUUGGAAUUGAUGUCAACACAAUCAAUUCUACAGCCACUCGUCAUCUAGAUGAAAAAUUGAAUGGCGGUGAAAUAUGGGACGCUCAGAUAGAUUAUCACGGCCGAGAAAAUAUGCUGGAAGUUCUUGCUUCCUGUAGAUGCAAGCACAAAGGACCAUGGAAAUCGUCACAUAAAAUAGAUUUGACACGCUAUCUUCCUGAAGAUAUUGUGGUGGGAUUUUCCGCUGCAGCAAGCAUUUCAAGCGAGGUUUACCGACUGCUUUCUUGGAACUUCACCAGCACUAUUUCUAGAAGGGAAAGGGAGUUCUCAUGGAAAGUAACUGUGGCAAUCGAUUUUAUUACCAGUUUGGUCAUAACUAGUUUGAUCUCUUUUAUCAUCUAUUAUAAGAAACGAUGCAGACCAACAUCUGACAGCAUGGAAGACCAACCAGAGUCAGAUAUGGAGGCAGAUAUAGACAUGGCGUUGGACCAUAUUCCCCGUAAAUUUACUUACGAGGAGCUCAGCGCGGGCCCUAAUUCGCAGGAGAUGAGAGUGUUUCGAGCUCUGCAGCAUCUUCUUCCACUCUGGCGUCCGCAUCAACAAACUCAAGUAUUACCAAAUAAUAGAAAGGCUGGAUCUGAGCUUUGAGGAAAAUUCUAUCUUAUUCUUAGCCACAGUGGAGUGUUGCCCAGGCGAUGUGUAAGAGCUCCACCAUUCUCCUGCAGCAGCUCCCCGCUUUAAUCCACUCUUCUUCAGACACAAAUUCCCAUAACUGCUUACUAUCUGUAAUGUCCUCACCGGUGUUUGGAAGCUUUGCAGGCUGGAUCUGAGCUUUGAGGAAAAUUCUAUCUUAUUCUUAGCCACGGUGGAGUGUUGCCCAGGCGAUGUGUAAGAGCUCCACCAUUCUCCUGCAGCAGCUCCCCGCUUUAAUCCACUCUUCUUCAGACACAAAUUCGCCAGUUCCUUGUGUCCUCCCAGAAUCUGUUGAAGAAAGCUCUGACUCUUUUUACACAGUUGCAGAGGCUAAGCAUUAAAUCAGAGGAGUUCACCUUUGGAAGUGGGUCCAGAUUUUGUUCGAUGUUAAGGGAUUAGGAAUUCAGCGACUUAGCUAUGAAUACACUAACAAAUCACGAUUUGAGUGUGAACAAUUUGGUGAACUGUGGCUUUGUUUGAUGUGUUUUCUAAAUGUUUUGAUAUGAAGGAUAAAAUGAAAGUGUUUGACAAUAUGUCUCUGGUAUUUAAUGCUACGAUAGCAGGGUAUGGGUAUAAAA